UCCGUCCGAGCAACUGUCAGUGUUUCCGGGCCUCCCUCCCGGCUGGGCGGGGAGGCGGCGGCGGCGGGCGUCCCGGGGACGCCUUGCCGGCACCAGCGCUGUCCCCGAUCGGUGGGCCGGCGCUGCCCUUGGGCGCCGUGGAUCUUCCCGCCCCGGCGGUGCCCUGGCCGGGGUCCCUGCUGCGGUGGGGGCCUCCCAGGGUCCGUUUGUGUGAUGCGGCCACACCUGUCGUGGUCUCCGCGCGACAAGUGAGACCGGGCAGUGAGUGCUCCACACAGUUGCUGGCAUGUCUGAUUCCUAGUUUUCCCAGCGUGACAGGCGGGUCACUGUCUCCGAUCCCCGCAAGACUUUCGUCCUUGAACUUGCCUCAGGGAAGGAACUUGGCCCUCGCAGGGCUCGACUGCGUUGCUGCUUUGAAAGCAAGGCGAGGUUGGCACCGCGUCAGCCGCAACACAGCAUGGGCUUUCCAGAGAGGUCCUCGUCCCAGACCUUGUAGAGGACGGGAGCCACCUGGACUUCGGGGAGGGACACUGGACGGGUCUGAGGGCCAGGGCAGGGAUGACGUGUGCCCAGCCCGCGACCGGCACCACGGAGACCAGGUGGCAGAAGGUCUUGUAUGAGCGACAGCCCUUCCCUGACAACUACGUGGACCAGCGCUUCCUGGAGGAGCUCCGGAAGAACAUCCACGCCCGGAAAUACCAGUACUGGGCCGUGGUGUUCGAGUCCAGCGUGGUGAUCCAGCAGCUGUGCUGCGUCUGCGUUUUUGGGGUCACCUGGUGGUACAUGGACGAGGGUCUUCUGGCCCCGCAUUGGCUUUUUGGGACCGGCCUGGCUCUGUCGCUGAUCGGCUACGUUCUGUUCGAUCUCGUGGACGGAGGGGAGGGGCGGAGGAAGAGCGGGCGGACCCGGUGGGCUGACCUGAAGAGCGCCCUGGUCUUCAUCACCUUCACGUACGGCUUUUCGCCCGUGCUGAAGACCCUGACGGAGUCCGUCAGCACCGACACCAUCUACGCCAUGUCCGUCUUCAUGCUCUUGGGCCACCUCAUCUUCUUCGACUACGGCGCCAACGCCGCCAUCGUGUCCAGCACCCUGUCCUUGAACAUGGCCAUCUUUGCCUCUGUCUGCCUGGCCUCACGCCUGCCCCGGUCCCUGCACGCCUUCAUCAUGGUGACCUUUGCCAUCCAGAUCUUUGCCCUGUGGCCCAUGCUGCAGAAGAAACUGAAGGCGUGCGCUCCCCGCAGCUACGUGGGGGUCACGCUGCUCUUUGCGGGCUCCGCCUUCGGGGGCCUGCUGUCCGUCAGUGCCGUGGGGGCCACCCUCUUCGCGCUGCUGCUGGUGUCCAUCUCCUGCCUCUGCCCUUUCUACCUCAUCCGCCUGCAGCUUUUUAAAGAAAACAUCCACGGGCCCUGGGAUGAGGCUGAGAUCAAAGAAGACCUGUCCAGGUUCCUCAGCUAAGUUAGGGACCUCCCUUCCGUUACUCAGGCCAGCUGGUGGACCGGCCCUCCAGCCAGCAUUCCCUCGGAGGCCGAGUGCCAUUCUGGAAGCAGCGGGCUGAUGCGGGUGGGAGAACCGAGGUGGGAAGAAGCAGCGAACCAAAGGCUGGGGCGGUGACCGUGCUCAUCCUUCGUGUUUGGUGGAUGCAAAAGCCCUGGGGCCCUAAGGGAUGAUGGCCUCCCGUGUCUCACUCACCCUAACAGACGGAGUGAUGUGCUUUCUGUUUAUUAAAAACUUAACAACAUAUCCAGCAAA